AAUAUGCGAGACCGGACGUGAGACCAAAUUUUAGGCCGUGCUUCGGAGAACCCUAAACUGCGGUGGAAUCCGGGUUUCCUGCACCGUCUCCUUAGCUAUUUAAGUCCCUCGCCGCCUUCUUCGCCGUCUCCACCGGUCGUCUCCUCAACAGGAAAUAUGUCUGACGAGGAGCAUCAGUUUGAGUCGAAGGCGGAUGCUGGAGCUUCAAAGACUUAUCCGCAACAGGCAGGAACCAUUCGGAAGAAUGGGUAUAUCGUGAUUAAGGGGAGACCAUGCAAGGUGGUUGAGGUUUCCACAUCCAAGACUGGGAAGCAUGGACAUGCAAAAUGUCACUUUGUUGCAAUUGAUAUCUUUACUUCCAAGAAACUCGAGGAUAUUGUGCCUUCUUCUCAUAACUGCGAUGUUCCACAUGUUAAUCGUACUGACUAUCAACUGAUUGAUAUAUCUGAAGAUGGAUUUGUUAGUCUUCUGACUGAAAGUGGAAACACCAAGGAUGAUCUGAGGCUCCCGACUGAUGAGGCUCUGCUGAAUCAGAUCAAAGAAGGAUUUGCAGAUGGGAAAGAUCUGGUGGUGACCGUUAUGUCUGCAAUGGGUGAAGAACAGAUGUGCGCUCUCAAGGAUAUUGGCCCAAAGUAGUUCCACAUCCAUAACAAUAUAUAAUAAUAUAUUACUGAUUUUUUAGCACCGUAAUGUUUUGUGUAAUUCAAAAAAACUGUGGGAAUUUGCGAGCAAUCCCUGCCGCAGGAACUCUCUUCGGCUCGGGGAAUUAUUACGCCCUGUCAACGGACGUCUGACAUCCAAUCCGGGCGCACCACGCCACCAAAAUACACUGGGGCCCGGUGUAUUUCGGUGACGUGACGCGUCUGGAUUGAUGUCCGGACGAAUCUGGAUACCGGACGUAAUAAUUUGCCCUUCAGCUCGGUAUGUCUCGUCACUGAAGCCUAUCGGGUUUUGUUUAGUUGUUGAUUUCUUUCUUGGCUUUGUUACUUCUAUGAAGUUUACGUAUAUAUGUUCUUUUGUGUUCUGAAAUUUUUAUUUAAUCUUGAGGGUAUUUAUUCUCGA